CACAUUCACACAUCACUUCCCAUAUGGUUUCGUGUUACUGUGUGUCUGUAUGUAUCUUCUAGAGCAAUUAACAAAGCAAUACAAUACCACACAAUAUUUAUAUAUAUAUAUAUAUAAUUAAAUCAACCAUAAGGUGUUGGCACUCUCUGCUCAUUGCACCGUUGCAUUCUCGAUUUCCGUUAACUCCUCCACCACCUCCCUUCUCCCUCUCUCUCUCUCUCUAAAGCACUUUUCUUUCUCUGUACCUUUCUAUAUAUACAGGCUCGUGCCUUCCACAUAUAUUAAAAUCAAAAGAUGGGAUUACAGGGCCAGCUGAGCGACGUAUCAUCGGAAUCGAUCCCAAUCCUUGUAGUGGCAGUCGUCGCCAGCUGCGUAAGUUAUCUUCGCUCCCUCCUUUUCGCUCUCCUCCGACCAAUGGGCCUCUCUCCGAGAUUCGAUUCCGACGAGGUCGACGAGGGGCUAUUGGGCGCCGUGGGCUCAGGAUUAUCCGGUCUGAUCUUGCUGGCCGAGCAGCUCAAUUUGAACCGGGUUUUCUCCUACCGGUACGGCGAAGAUGGUGGUGCGACGGCCGGCUCUGAUUGCGUGGUGUGCUUGUCCGGUUUGAGAGACGGUGACCAGGUGCGCAAGUUAGCGUGCCGCCACAUCUUCCACAAGGAUUGCUUUGAGGGAUGGCUCGAUCACCUCAACUUCAACUGUCCUCUCUGCCGGUCGCCGCUGGUUUCGGAGGAGCGCGUGGCUCUCACGGACCGGCGCGUGAAUGGGGACCUUGUCACGUGGUUCUCUUUGCGGUGAAUGGGGGUCAUGGGUUUGUAUGUAUGGAUCGUAUGAUGAUGUUGAUGGUGAAUGAUCAUAUGUAUCAUCAAGUCAUCAGAGUGGGAGAUGAGCUAGAUAUGAGUUUUUUACUUUUUACCGUUGUACAACUUUUGAUUUUGCCCAUUUAAUUUUUUUUUUUUUUUUACCCUCCUUAAAUUUAGAUUCUUUGUUUUUAAUUUUUCCACUAGUUUUUUGAAGAGCUCUGGAAGGGUUCUUUUUUCACCGCUGUAAAUUUUCCUUUUUUGUAUUUUUAGUUUUUUCGGAUAAAUAAAGAAGUUUUUUUCUCAAGUAUUA